UUUAUCUUCAAUUUAAAAAAUCAUAAUACUGCAUAAUGGAUAAUAAAAACCACAGAAGCAGCUCAUCCACGAAAAAUUUACACAACAAAUUAUUUGGUAUUGGUUCACCACCUUAUGGAGCAUUUGGAUCAAAUGGAUCAAAACGAAUUAAUACAACAAGUCAAUCUCAGACACAUCAGGCAAUACAGCAGCCUAUAGCACAUAUUCAGUCAUUUUCGCAAAAUAUUCAAAGUCCAUUACCCCAAUGUAAUAUUGUGGCACAGAGCCCAAUGCCCUCAACUGAGCCGCAAGAUGCGAUAAAUGCAAUUAAAAUCCAGAAUUGUGUUGCUACCGUGAAUUUAGGCUGCGAUUUGAACUUGCGUAAGAUAAAUUUUCGGACGAGGAAUUCUGAAUACAAUCCUUCUCGUUUUCAUGGAGUUAUCAUGAGAAUCCGGGAGCCAAGAUGUACUGCACUGAUAUUUCGCUCAGGAAAAGUAGUUUGUACUGGUGCUCGCAACGAAGUGGACGCAAAUUUAGGAACACGAAAAUUCGCUAGAAUCCUCCAGAAACUUGGUUAUCCGGUAAAAUUCAUGGAGUUUAAAAUACAAAAUUUAGUAGCGACAGUUGAUUUAAGAUUUCCGAUACGUUUGGAAUACUUGAACCAGAUGCAUGGACAAUUCAGUUCCUAUGAACCUGAGCUAUUCCCCGGCUUAAUUUAUCGUAUGGUGAAACCUCGUGUAGUUUUGUUAAUUUUCGUCAAUGGAAAAAUCGUCUUUACGGGAGCUAAAACUAAAUACGAAAUUAGAGAAAGUUUAGAAAAUAUUUUUCCCAUUUUGCAAAGUUUUCGUAAAAAUUAGGUUUUUGGGACAUUCUAAUGAUAGCUUCGUAUUGUUUUUUUGUUUUAUUCUAUAUACUGAAAUGGAAAUGUGAUAAUAAAAUGUAUAUACCCCGAAUCCAGGGUUAAAUCAGA